UGGAUCUCUCCAGAACUCUAUAAUGUUUUCCUUCAGUUCUCUCUCUGUCUGUGCAGCAGCUCCUCGCAUCUCUCAUUUCUUCUCUCACUUCCUGAUAAUGAUUAUAAGGACACUCUCUCCAUUCAUUGUCCUCUCCGUUGUCUGCUGUUAUGCAGAGGAGGUAAGGAGUAAAGGUAAAGUUUGUGCCAAUGUGUUCUGUGGAGCUGGGAGAGAAUGUGCUGUGACAGAGAAAGGAGAACCAAGCUGUCUGUGUAUCGAGCAAUGUAAACCCCAUAAGCGUCCAGUUUGUGGCAGUAAUGGGAAGACGUACCAUAAUCACUGUGAGCUGCAUCGUGAUGCCUGUCUCACCGGACUCAAAGUUCAGGUUGCCUAUGAUGGACAUUGUGAAGAGAAAAAAUUGGAAAAAGUUACCAACACCCCAAUUGUUUGUUACCUUACGGACCGCAAUGAGCUGAGGAGUCGUGUGAUUGAAUGGCUGCAGUCUGAGGUGGAGCCUGACGGCUGGUUUUCUAAAGGAUCCAACUUCUCAGAUGUCCUCCUCAAAUACUUUCAGAACUAUGAUAACGGAGAUGCUCAGCUGGAUUCAACAGAAUUCUUGAAGUUCAUUCAACAUAAUGAGACUGCAAUAAAUGUCACGUCUCCUUAUGCUGAGGAGGAGAACAACCACCUACUCAGGAGUCUGUGUGUGGAUGCCCUCAUUGAGCUGUCUGAUGAGAAUGCCGACUGGAAACUGAGCUUUGAUGAGUUUUUGAACUGCCUCAGGCCUGGAUACAACCCUCCAGAGAGGAAGUGUGCCUUAGAGGACGAGACGUACGAGGAUGGUGCUGAGACUCAGAUGGAAUGUAACCGCUGUGUUUGUGCCUGCGGGAACUGGGUCUGCACUGCUGUUAUUUGUGAUGGUUCAAAUAAGUUCCCUGCGCUUGAUGAAAUGGAGGGAAAUGAUCAGGAGAUGUCAGAAGAGGAGUGGACUCGGCGAGUGGCCCAACUCAAUAAACAUCAGGAAACAAUGGAGAAGAUGAAAAUGGCCACUAAAGAGGUUUGAGGAGUAAUUCAGGAGGUGGGAUGAACUUUUGCUCAGAUUUCAGCUUCAAUCAACCUGUGUUUGAUUGGAAAGAGAGAGAAAGUUUCAUUUGUUUAGUUUAUUAUAUUAAUUAUUGAUGUGUGUUCUCUUCUGGAAUUUGAUUAUUUUUUUUUUUUGUAAGGGACAAUAAAAGCAUCUGUAUGAUUUGUACCUGUAGUGUAUAUUACUGCAAACCUUUUUGUAAUAGUAAUUUUAUACAUUCAGUGUUAUUUUAAUGCUUCUAUAAAGCAGUGUAUUCGUUUUUUACCAUAAAGUUAAGAAAAUAUGAAUAUAUAUUUUGUAUAAAGACCAUUACCAUCAACAAGAUUUUUGCAUUGUGAAAUAAUUAUACAUUUUAUCACAAUUUUGAGGAUUGUAAUAUGACAUACAGUAGAGUGUAGAAUUUACUUCACCUUCCAAAAAGUGGGGAUUGGAUAAUGUCAACAGGAAUCACUCAUUAUUUUGUGAUGACUUUGCAUUAAUAAAAUCAGAAUUAAUUUAGAACAUA